AAAUGGAUGCGAAAUUGGCGCAGGGUCAAUUUCCGGCUACGUUUCCGGAGACAUUCAAGAAUUUCUUUGCAAUGAUGAACGAAGACGAGGAUCACGUCGAACUGUUCGCCAAUCUGCUGGAGGAUAAGGUGAUACCGCGCGGCAGUCCGAUGCAUGUCCAGCGCCAGCGGAGCGGUGGCAGCUUACGCAACCACCGCAACCGCCAGGCUGCGCAUGAAUCCACCGACACUUCGACCGAGGCGAACGCUCACGGUCGUGCCCAAGUCGUACCGCCGGGCCAAGCUCAAAAUCAAGCUGAGGACCAGAUGCAAAAUCGUUCUCGGUCCCGUUCCCAGAUACGUUUCACUUGGCAGCAGCAGCACCAGCAGCAGCACCAGCAUCAACAUCAGCAUCAGCAGUAUCAUCAGCUGGUCCAUGGAGCAGGACGCAGUCGUAGCGGCAGCAGCGGCGAUAUGAGCAGGUCCAUGGCUAUGGACCAAGAGUUCGCCUCGACAUCGGGCUAUGUUUAUGGCCCGCGUAGCCGCAGCCGCAGCUCACGACGCAGGAGCGUGUCGGGCAUCGAUGACGUUGGCGACUAUGGCGGCAUGCUCAGUCACUGCUCCAGCACUGGCAGCAGUGUCGAGAGUCUGCUCAACAACCAGCUGGUGACGCGCAGCCCACAGCACUCGGCGUUGAACAGCAAUCUGAACAACCUUAACAGUUGCUUGCCCAGACCCAGCACGUCCAAUUUGAUGCCCAAUGUGCAGCAGUUGCCGAUGAGCGUUUCCAAUAUCCAGCAGCAGCACCAUCAACAGCAGCACCAUCACCAGCAGCAGCACCAUCACCACUUGCCGCAACAACAGCAGACACGAGACCUACAAAUGGAGUUGAAUCAACUGCGACUUGGACCCGAUGGCGAGGACAACAGUGGAGGGCGUGCGCCCAAAAAUUAUGCUAUGCCACGCCUCUUGCCGGACAGCCCAAGCCAUCAAUUGCACCAACAGCCACGGCUCUCGGUCAGACUUGAGCGAGCAUUUGAUUUUGAUGCUAGUUUCGAAGAGAGCGACGCACCCGUGCCGUCGCCGGCGCCCCAACAGCUGGCGUACAAUGUGUUGAAGCCGAUACAACAGCAGCAGCAGCAGCAGCAGCAGCAGCAGCAACAACAGCAGCAAUUGCCGCCGCUAUCACAGCAGCCCAGUACAUCGGCCCAGGCAUAUUUGCAUCGGCUUCUGCCCAUGCCACCAGUGACGCAGAGCAGCAUCGUCUCGUAUCAGCGCAUACAGCAGAGUCGCAACAAUGUACAACGGACAGUGAGCAACAACAACUCGGCAGUUGGCUACAGCUACAAUCUGCAGCACCAGCAGCCACAACAAUAUGACCAGCAGCCACAGCAGCAGCAGCAACAGCAGCAGCCGCAUUAUGCUAACUACAGUGAACCCUACAACGUGCAGGAAUUGCAGAUACAAUACAAUUGGCAGGACGAGACUCCGUCUACAUCGGCAGCAGCAACUGGAAUGGCAGGGGGAACACUAUAUCAUACCUAUCAGGAUUUUCUGCAGGCGGCUCCGGAUCCGAGACCAGGAACGGGGCCGCCGAGCAUGAGGAUGCAGAGGUCACCGAUUUUGAAUAGACGCCGCAGCUCCUCGAUUGCGACUGGCGUGCUGCAUGGCGAUCAUGGCUUUAGCUAUGGCAACAACAACAACAACAGCGUUUUCGCCGAACAACAACAGCAGCAGCAGCCGCAGCAUCAGCAGCAGCAGCAACAACAACAGCAGCAGCAGCAGGAACAGGAGCAGCAGCAAGUUGAAGAGGUGGAGGAGCUCUUAACGCUCCCCACCACUGGCAACAGGGAGAGGAUGACGCUGGCCAAGUCCCCGCUUGGUCGGGCCAUCGAGAGUGGUGUACUGACCUUCCAUCAGGCGAUGACCGGUGCGGUAUCGCCCCAGUACACUGGAGUAGUAACGGGAAUGGGAGUUGGAGCAGGAGCUGGAGGAGGAUCUGGAAGCAGUGCUCAGUUGUCAGCCAAUGGGCCUGACAAGUGUCACGUCGGCUCCAGCUCAGCUUUGGCGGCCGUGGCCGAGUAUGCAGCAUCAACAACAACGGCAACAGCAACAACAAGUGGCCCGAGUGCCACGGACUCGAACACAGCCGGUUCCAGUGAUGAUAUUCACUCGCCCGUCGCAAACACCAGGGCUCAGCAGCAGCAAUAUCAGUCAGUGAAGAACAAUCAGCAGCGCGAGCGGGGCGUUGGCGAAACAGCGGCCAGCGUUGCCUACGCACAACAGCAGCUGCGUGGCAGCUCCGCUACCAUAGCCGUAGCUGUACACAUGACGGAGCGACAACGUCUACGCACAUCCAGCAUGCCGGCAGAGAGUCGCAAACCCCGUCUGGCGGACACGCGUCGCUCAGCGAUUCAUUGUGGCGCGGAUGUCGAAAUGGAUUAUUAUCGUUUGCGCAGCUUCAGCAUCACAUCGCAUGGCGUUUGCAAUCUGGGCGAUUCGUUACGCAGCCGCAGGUCACGUUCCAUCAAUUCAGUGACAUCAAAUGGCACCUCGAACAGCGGCAAGGAUCGACACAAUAGCAAUGCAUCGGGCGACAUCCCAGAGGCAGAUGCCCCCGCCAGCCAGCAGCACUCGCAGAGGGCCAACGGAGAGCAAAUACCGGCGUACAAAAUCGCCAUGCUGGGCGCCGCCGGAGUGGGCAAGACCACGCUGACGUAUCAGUUCACCACAUCGGACUACAUCUGCGCCUAUGACUUGAGUCUGGAUGAUGACUAUGGACAGAAAACGGUGUCCGUCUUGGUCGAUAAUAUUGAAACGGAUUUGGAAAUUAUUGAUCAUCCGGCUUGCGAGAUGUCGACCGAGGCUUUCUGCGCCACUUACAACAUUGAUCUAUUCGUUGUGGUCUACUCUGUGGUGGAUCGUGGCACCUUCAAGGCCGCCGAAAAGGUCUUGACCUACCUGAAGGAGAACGACAUGCUGCUAACACGCGGCGCCAUACUCGUGGGCAACAAAACGGAUCUGGAGCGACAUCGCGAGGUGUCGCGUCAAGUUGGUCGCAAGCUGGCCAAGGAGAUCGCGUGCAAGUUCAUCGAGACAUCGUCGGGACUCGAUCACAAUGUGGACGAGCUGCUGGUGGGCAUAGUCGCCCAGGUCAAGCUGAACCCGCAGCGCCUAUCGCUGCUCAGCGAGUACGACCUGCAGCGCCUCAAUUUGCAGACAACAAUUCAGAAGCAUCGACGCAUGCACUUGACAGCCAGGCGGAUGAUGCGCCAAAUGAGCAUCUACCAACUGGAGGAUGACGAGAAGGACGACGACGACCACGACGACGAUAAGGAGAACGAGAGCCAGCAGAAGUCAUUGGAGUCGCUGAAGCGCGCCACCAAUCGACGCACUCUCAAUCUCGAGUGCAUACUGAAGAUGGGUGAGAGCGAGCUGGAGGAGGAGGAGAGCAGCAAGCUGAGCAAGUUCGAGCAGCUGGCAGCCGGCAUGCGACAGCGUCGUGCCCAGGACGGGCAACAGCUGCAGCAGUCGGACAACAACGACAGCAAGCCAUCGACAUCGGCGGCAGCUGCCGCAGCUGCCGCAGCUGCUGCUGCUGCCACUGCCAGUGCGGCUGCCAGGCGACAAUCCAAUGCCAAGGCAGAGCUCGAGGCCUCAGCUUGCAAUCGCCAAGUCGUCAACAAGCUGACGGCACGCACCAAAGUCUUUCUCUCAUCCGUGUUGCGCUUCAGGACGAACAUGAAGCGACGCAACUCCUCCAGCUGCACCAAUUUGUUCGUCAUCUAAAGGGGAGCGUGUGUGGACGGGUGUGCGUGUGUGUGUCUAGCUAUAUUGUUGUAAGCGAGGCUAUAGACUGAGACUAAGUGACUGACUGGAAGUGAGGCAUGGCAACAGAAACAUGCGGAAUUGAAACAACGAAAAGUACAGUCAACACUUGUAAAAAAACAUGUAAAUGCAUCUGCUGCAUCUGAAUAUUAUUCACUGAAACCGAAAGCGGAAAACGGAAAGUGGAAAUUA